AUGUACAUGUACCGUGUGUACCAAGAGCAGUUGGAUGCCUUGAAAAACAAACAGACCAAAAACGAAUCACAGAUAACGCUCUUUAUCGAGGAUUCAUUCUUCGAUAAAGCACACACAUGUCCAAUACUCUCGACCAGAUUCCAGUGGACAAAACCUGGAGUCCGACGGAGUCUAGUCGAAAAAUGAAACCGGAAGUUCAGUAGAGUCCACUUGAGUUACCGGAAGUUUAGUCAUGACAUGAAACCGGAAGUGUAAACAAUACUUAGAGGAGGGUUGGAAAGUCGUCCGAUGGAGUCCAUCGGAUCCAUUGGAAACACAUCGAUUCCAAUGGAAUCUCAGGAAGUCUAGUCGUGCCAUGAGUCAAAACAAGAACACUGAACGUGUAACAUAACUCGUUCUUUAAGCCCUAAGUCGAGAAUGGCAAGCCUAACAGGCAACAGAACUCGUUCUUAAAGCCAUGAGUCGAAACAAGCACGGACGUCGGACACAUAAGUCGUUCUUAAAGCGAUGAGUCAAAACAAGCACGCUACACAAAAAUAAUAACUCGUUCUUAAAGCAAUGAGCCGAAACGAGCACGCUACGCGAAUGGCAUAACGCGUUCUUAAACCCACGUGUCGAAACAAGCACGGUACCCACCUAACAUAACUCGUUCUUUAAACACUAAGUCCCCUAGGCCCUUUAUUCGAGACGGACUGGCACGCUUAAAGCCACGAGUCUCGUAAAGCUAUGAAACGGGGCAAAAGCCCUGCGAAACGAGGACAGUACACAAGUAUAUGCUUCGUUCUUUAAUGGUAACUAUAAUAUGAGCUACACUUGAGUAGAAUUAUUAAAAGAAACAUACUGGUAGGCGGUAGGCAUAACAUUGAAACUGACAUUACAUACAAAAUGUAUGAAGUUAUUGAACAGCUGAAGUUUUAAACCUGAGCAAUAUUGAAUUAUUAUUUGUUUUGAAAAUACUUAGUAAAAAACAUUAAGUGAUAAAAAGCUAUAUAAAACAUUACAUAAAUCAGUGCUGGUCACUUCACACAUCAACCAGCUGUAGACAGAAAUUGAAGCUGGAUGAUUCUAGAUCUCUUCCAUAAGGGACCAGUCAUAAUUUAAGUUGGAGGGGGGGAUGGAGGAGAAAUUGUUUUUUAUUCCAAAUUUUUUCCAGACCCCCACUAAUAGCACUCAUGUUUUUUAGGUACCCCCCUUCAAUCAUGUUAAAAGAUUUAAGGGCCCCCCUUUCUUAUACAUAAUACCCAAAUGGUAAUAACAAAUAACAUUUUCUUUACUUUACCGUUCUUACUAACUGUCACUUCCGAAUGUGCCAACUAACAACAGAGAAGCACUUCACACUAAACUGAGAAAGAGAUUUCACCUAGAGCCUCUCAAACAGCUUAUAGAGCAAGGAUAUAUUCGUGAUUGUGUUAUAAUUGAGAUAAGACAAGCCAUCGAAAGGUGAGAGGCUGACAGGACGGCUUCAAGGAAGAAAGAAGAUAAUCAGCCUACUGCUUUUUAUAUGAGCAGUACAUGCUCUAAUAGCAAAAAACUUGACGGUGACACAGACAGUGAGUCCACAUCAACCUCAUCUACAAAUAAUGAUUCCGAUAGUGAGAUUGCAUAACAUGACUUUAUGCAUGUAAUCAUUUGUUUAAAUGCCAAUGAAAUUGUUUCAGUGUUACACAAUAAUGGAUGUUGUGUUGAUGCACCUACUAUUUGAGCAUUAAAUCUUUUUGUCAAAAUGCUGAUUAAAUUGUUUUGGUAUUACACAAUAUCUGAGGACUUUGUGUAAAACUGAAUCAAAAUCAGGUCCUUUAAUGCUCAAACAUCAUGCUGCUCAGUAGGGAUGCUACUUAAAAGAAACUUGAAGACCCCCCCAAGGUCAUCUUUUGGCAUUUUAAGGCACCCCAUAUUCCAUCCAAAAAAAAUUGAAGGCCCCCAAUUUCUCCUCCACCCCCCUCCAACUUAAAUUAUGACUGGUCCCUAAGGGUCCCAUUCAGAAAAAUGAAAGAAAUAUGCUUUUUAUCAUAUUUUUAUAAACGCCAAUGAAAUAUUGGGUGAGCUUGUGUUCGAAAACAUGAUAUCUUCACAUGUCAAAAUAACAAGUAAGUUAUCUUUGCAUGUAGACUACAAAUAGUCCCCAUUUUUCCUCAGGGGAGUAGAGCGAGCGAAACGCGAGCAGGCGUGAAGAUCACCCCACGCCGCGCUUUUUCUCGCGUGGGGUGAUUUUACGCCGCCGCCGCGUUCACUCGCUCUACUAUCCCUGAGGAAAAUGGGGACUACACGUAGUCUACUUUGCAUGUCAAAAGAUCACCACUGCUAUGGUACAAUAUAACAACUCACACCUUUUACAGAAAAAAAAUUAUUCAUUUAAUAAGUGAAAUGGUUAAGUAUUUCAGUGGUAUAAAAUAAAUGGAACAUAUUGCAUGGCCGCUCGGAAAUAUGAAAUUUCUCUUCUCAUGUUGAAACAAUAUUUCACUGCUUCCAGCAAGGCUUACUGAUCCUUCUCUGUUGGAUUGCUAUUAAUCAUACCUUUGUUGAGAAAAGCAUGGACAAAUUUCUUAUAACAAGUUAGAGUUAAUUUGUGUUUUUCAUGUAAAAUCAUGCAUGCCCAACCCUAUUCUGCACCCUACAGGAAAUAUGUCGGAUAUAUGCAGACAGUUUCAAUAUGUAAAGGGUGUGGGGAAACAUUGAUAGAUUUAACACAGGGUAUUUUUCAAAAGGGUAGCACCUGGCUAUGAGCCAGGGCACAAAUAAAUUACAAAUACUCAAUCAUUGUUCCAAAAACUUUCAAUGCAGGAUUGUAGCUUUUAUGCUGAAUAUUAGACAGUGGUAUAACAUCUUAAGAAGAGACAGUAAAUUCCUUUUAGCUUGUGUUUUGCUUUCCCCCAGUGUGAAUGAAGAGGUGUUCUCACCACAAUUUACCCAUCAUAACCUUAAAAUUUAUAUAGGUCUUGUGUCCAAAAAUUAUUGAUGUGACUUGUACACAAUUUUAAAGAAAGCAUUUUUUGGAGCACCAUCACAUGGCUAGGCUUGAUUUCCAUGCCCUAAAUGUUGUCACACAUGACCUACAUUGGGGAAACAUAGCACCUGCGGUAGCAACCACAAGCUAGUAAAGGUCUUUACUAUUACUUCUCCUCUCAUAACAGUACUUAACAAAAAAUUUUCUUUGGCAUUGCAUCAUGCACUGUAUUUUAUUAGCUUUAUAGCCACUGCACUGCUUUCAUUCCAUUCUCAAUGCCCUUGUCAAAGAAAGCUUUGAAGAAGAGGAAGAGUGAGCACAAAUAUUCAGUACAGGGGGCCAGAGGAAAAGACAAAAAAACCAUGUAACAUUGAUUUAAAAAUUGCAAAAAUAAUUAUGUUCCAAUUAACCAAUCACUUCCUGCUAUUCUACUAUUUAAAAGCUUUCCCAAUAUUUCCCCACCCAAAUGAAGCCAGUAACAGUAGUGUCCAUUGAAAGAAAAAAAGGGUAGCAAUAAAAGCGAAUAAUGAAGGGAAAGCGAAAUUUGUGACUGCAGCUGUGUUACUUUAAAACCACGAAACCAUCUCAUGCUUUCUAUGCAUGCCCCAACUUUUGAAAAUAACAUUUUCAAUUUGCAUCUGUAACUGAACACUGUGAACUACACGACCUUUAAACAGUCUUCUGGUAAGAUUUAGCUCAUAAGCCAAACAGUGACUACAAAACGAAGCCACUAGCUUCAAAACAAGUUUCUCCGCAAAAUUCCCAGGAGAGGAAUGGGAUAAAAAACAAAACAAAAACAACAAAACAACGACGAGCUGAACUAAAAGGAUAACUAUUACAAAGGAGACUCAGGAAUGAAAAAAGGUUUAUCAGACUGCUUUGAAGGGGCUGGUCUCACUUGUCCGUUUUCAUCAGCCAGCUCUAGGAACUCCCGCACCUGAAGCUGACUGAUGCCUGGCCUUUCCAAAGCUUCCAGCAAGGCCCGUCCCUUUGCCCUUCUUUCACCUGUCACCAUCUGUGCCUUCUUCAGGAAUAGCUGCCUUCUGCAAAUAAGACCUCACUUGUUAUCUUCAUUGUCAGAAUUGGGAGGUGGGAUAACAGCUUUAGUAGGUACAGGGGAGAUUUCUGAUCGUUUUUUGAGAUAUCCUCCUUGUUCCUAAUGUCAUUGGGGGAACCAGACCUGAUAGGUUUCUUCACUUCCUCAUCUCUCUUUACCUAUGAAAGAUUGCAAGAAAAAGGUAUGACAGAGAAAACAAAAUUAAAUACGGUGGCUUGACUGGAUUUUUUAGGGGGAAUACCUUCCAAGUUUAAGCAUUAACUACAUCAGCAUGAGUAAAGAUAUGGGAAAAAGGCUACCACAACAUUCCUGUAUUAUAUAAACAUGAAAAUUUCUUAUUAUCUAGGUUUUAUUGCAAAUGGAGUCGCCAUGGCAACCUAAUGAAACCAGUAUGUUUUUUAUUUAUUUUUGUGUUUCUCUGUACCAGGAGUGUUUUUUAGCAAAGGCUUAAGGGAGUAUGUACCUGCUAUAAUUGCUUCAAUUAUAGCAAAGUUUGAACAAAUUCUGUGAGAGCAUUUUGGAAAUUUUUUGAAACAAGUUUUUAGAAUCAUAAAAACAGUGAAAUAGCAUGCUAUAUAUCCACACAAUUAGCUAAUAUGUUAAGAAAUAAUGAUUAAUCAUGAUGAUUUGAUUCCAUUGAAAACUGUGUACAAAUAAAAAGAGGGGAAUUGCUCUGGGCGAACGCGAGUGAGAAGAAUUUCAAUAACCUGCAUUCAGCUGCUUUUGUUACAGUUUUUGCACAUAAUUUGGUCCAUGCCUACAAAUUUCACAUUAUUCAAAAAAGCACUUGAUAAAUUUUUUCAUAAACUUACCAAUCUCAAGGUCAAUUGUUAAUAAAUAUACCCUGCAAGUUCCAAGAACAUUGAAAACAGUGAAGGCUUUUAAUAUAACCAGGGUUGUCAGAAAGUUUUGAAGUAGAUGACUGAGUUGUCAAAGUAAGCAGCCAGUCCAGGGAUGUUUUAUUUAAAAAACGUCAUCUGCAAAGAAAUGCCAAGCAGAGUAGCCGGCCGAUACUAACCAAGAAGGUGGCACUUUUCACCGGCAGCCGGCUACUUUUGACAACCAUGUAUAACCAUAUUUUCCCUUAGUGAGUGUCCUCAUUAUUCAGUGGCAUUGUUUUCAAGUUUCAUAUAUGUGCACAUGUACAAUUAGCAAAAGAAAUAAAUUUACAUUUAAAAGAACUCUAAAUAAUUACUUUCCAAAGAAAUAUCCGGAAAAUGCUAAUAAUUGCCUUGUCUCAUGGAUAGCAGUGAGAAUCGAAACGGUGAACAUCACGGCUCAUCAUGUAGGAUGUAAUACAACUAACUACAUGUAUGAGAGAACUACUGGAGAACUGACAAUUUGACUAACAAUAGACGACUGUUUAACUGUGACAAUAGACGGAUCGAUUACUGAUUACGAGUCUUCAUAGCCAAUAACAUCACGGCUUAACUGACAGAUGACCAAUAACAUUGCAACGUAAUUGACCAACCAGAUUAAUAACCAGAGUAUAAUACCAUCAACUGAUGUGAUACAACUCACUUUGACUCUGAAGAUGACUACCACACAGGCUGUCGAAACGUCAGUCACUGUCAACAACAACAGUCCUAUUCAGGACUACGUUCACCCGGACAAUCAAACUCAACCUGCUUUUGAAAUGACUCCUGGGUUCAAACCUUUCACAAUUAAUUAUCUUACUUGGGUUACAACAUCACAGCAACUUUUAGAAAGAGUUGCUGUGAUUUUCUUAAAAGAUUAGCUAGUUGUGUGGAUAGCAUGCUAUUUCACUGCUUUUAUGAUUCUUAAAACUUUGUUUGAAAAUACACUGUAUUUCCAAAAUGCCUUAAUUGAGGCAAUUAUGGCAGGUACAUAAUCUCUUAAGCGUUUUCUUAAAAACACUCCUGGUACAGAGAAACACAAAGAUAAAUAAAAAAUGUAAUGGUGUCAUUACAUUGCCAUGGUGACUCCGAUAAUUGCAAUAAAACCCAGAUCAUAAGAAAUUUUCAUCUUUAUAUAAUACAGUUGGGGUAACCUUUUUCCCAUGGAUAUCUUUACUCAUGCUGACAUAGUUAAUGCUCAAAAUUGGGGGGUAUCCCCCCUAAAUCCAGUCAAGCCACCUUAAUUCUGGCUCUGUUCAACAAACUCUUAAAAUAAAAUUUUUAACAAUUCCAAAGUCAACAGUUACAUGCAUUACAGUACCUCACUGUAACUAUUUUCUUUCUCUCUUUUUCUCUUGAGGGCAUGACAAGUCAUAAGAGGCCCAGUAGAGGUCAAAUAUCUGACAUAAAGAGGACAUAGCUUGAUCAUCCUGUUUUGGCUUGAAUGUGUUUUCUAAAAUAACAUAGAAGAAUUCCUCACAUCAGAUGUUGCCAGAGAGUUUCUUUUUCUAUCUGCUUUUAUCCACUGCCAUAAGAGUUUCUGAGUUGCAAAACACACCCUAAUACCAGACUCAGUUUGAUUGGAGGGGGAGGGUGAUAUUCUGCAGAUUAAUUUUGUUGGAAAAAAAAGUUUUGUAAGAAAAAUCUCUCUGAUCAUGAGCAAAAAAUAUAGUAUCAAGGUCAUUUCAUGCCAACAUAAUUACUGAAAUUUGUUUAACACCUUCUGGUAGUUUAUUAUUCAAAAUCAAGACAAACUUGCAGAAAUUAUAUUCUAUACCUGAUGCUAUAUGUGGUGUAUGUGCUGUAGCUGAAAUGCAUUCUUGUCUUAAAUCAGAGCUUUCUUUAGACUAAUUUUUCCGUGCUGGAGACUUUCAUUCUAUUCCUCUAAACUACAAUGAACAAAUUAUUACUCGUGUUAUUGUAAUAAUAAACUUUUAAGAGUAUCCUUUCACUAAAAUCUGUUAUAUUUGAUUGUUGCAUUGUCAAAUAGAAGUCCAUGACAGAAAAUAGCAUUGUGUACAUAUUUAUGUUGCAGAUUGGGUUCUCCCCACUUUGUUCAGGUAUAGCAGAUAACAAAAAGUAAAUACUUUAUGGAAAAUGGAGUAAGUUUGAGGGCAUUUAAAAAAGAUCAUUAUUUUCGAUUCAACAUAUUUUGCUUUUUUUGAUUGGUUGCCCAUGGGAAAAUUUAACCUGAGAUCAGGUCCAAUUUUAGCGGUUCUCAGAGCAUGAUCUCAGGUGAGGGAAAAUUGGAAUUUUAGGUGACAUCUUUAUUGCCUCUAAAAAUAUUACAUGGCCAUGGUUAUAUUUCCACUCGAGGGGUGUAAUUUGCAGGUUGCAGGUCAGAAUUUGGUAAAAAAAUGUCCUGAACGGUUUACAGAUCUUCCCAAGCUCUUAAAAACAGAACAUUACAAUGAUGUUUUGGUGAUAUCAUAUUCUUCACAGGGUCACGCAAAAGCGGAAAUAUCAGAUCUCAGUUCUAUAAAUUGAUUCUUUAGUCCCAGGUCUUUCAAGGCAAGAAGGAAGGUUUUAAAAUUGUCAGAUCAGCUGAUCUCAUCACUCCUGCCAAAGCUAGCAUAUAUAGUUAAAGAAAAGACCGGUUCCUCGUCGCUAUCAUUGUCUGCCAUACCUACGAUAGAAAAGGAAAUUACACAGCCAACGUGACCCAAUUUAUAAGUGCACUCGACUAAACGCACAAUAAAGUUUCAUCUAAGUUUAAAAGCAAAAACAAAUUUCACUGAAAUCCAUGUUGGAUGGACGUUGUGGAUAGCCAGCACCAUUCGUUAUUCUUUUUUUUUUUUUCAAGUGUAAAGCGACAAGACAAAACAAAAAUAUAUGAUCUCAAAUUCCAACUGAGCUUGAGAAAUUCUGAUUUGUAAUGCAGUGUGGUACUAUGGCCGGAAUUGAAUUUAAAACUUACCUCUUUGUAUAAAGAGGGAAUCGCAAAAUCUAACUCCCUCCAAACAAUUAUUUAAAACCUUCCUUCUUGCCUUGAAAGGUCUGGAACUAAAGGAUCAAUUUACAGAAAAGAGAUUUGAAAUUUCCAGUUUUGCAUGAUCCUGUCAAAAAUAUAAUAUCAACAAAACAUCAGGGGCAUAGCUAGGAAUUUUCAAAGGGGGGAUCACACCGUGUCACACCCAGGGUACUUUUGCCUGUAGUUUGGGGUGUGGAUUAAUUUAUGGUGAGUGUUUUGGACGUCUAAAAGUAAGUUGGGCGUAUUUCUACCAAUGAUAACAAUGACAAUUUACCACAAAAUAGUGUGUCAAAUACCCGGGGUGGGGGGCAGGGGGAAUGUUAAAAUUUUCAAUUGAUCAGCACAUAAGGUUUAUGCUUCAUUAAUAUGCUUUUAUUAUGAAAAGAUUCGUCAUUUUUAAGGAACUGAGGAGUUCCAAACCAUUUCAUAAACGAACCUAGACUUGCACAAUUAUCAUCACUUGGGUAAGUAAAUGUUAAAAACUACACUUCAAUACAGCUCUAACACAUUAUAAUGAAUUGCCAACUGGUCUACUUGCAUGUACUUGCAUGCAGUGGUGCGUAUAGUAACUGUAAGUACAUGAGGAUAAUGAAUAGUCAGGUAUUUUCCUGGCUACUUACUUUUGGAUCAAAAUCUCAGGCAAAAGACAUCUCUUUCUGAGGGAUGCCAAAGUCCUUCUGAGGGAUUCCAUUUGCAACACACCUCCUUCUAAGGAUACCAAACCCCUUCUGAAACGUCUCCUUCGGAGGGAUGCCAAAAUCCUACUGAGAGAUUCCAUUUACGAGUUUCAAAAUAGAUAACUCCGUCGAUUCUUCCCUCGGAGGAAUUCCAAAUUCGCACUUCAGGUUACGUUUUUGCUUUCUUAUGCUGUGAUUUAAUAUCGAAAGAUUCCACAUUUUCAAGGAACAGUGCAAUUUAAGAUAAUUCCAUAUACCUUUUCCUAGCCGUUCGAAUUCUUUACUCGUAAAUUCUUUUAGAAAGUCAAUGAUCGAAAGAUGCGCCAUCUUGGCCAUUUUGUCGAUCAGGCAACUCUUGUUUCUAGUCCCCCUCGAUCGCAUCCUUCGCGUUCCCAACAGUUCGCGUUACCUGAUCCUGUAGCACGCUCACUUUGUCAAAUCUAAUUGACUUGUUUCACUUCUCCUGGAGUAUAACAACGAACUAACAUGUCGAAAUUCGGGAGUUCGACGAAUAGAGAACGCAUAUCGCUACCGCCAUUCGCUACACAGAUAUUGUUAUACUGAAUUAUCUCAAAUACGAGUUCGCUUUUAAAAAGAAAUUACCUCAUGAUGCGAUGCAGUUUUUGAUGGAUGAUCGGACUUCACUAGCCUUUUCUCGCGAACCAAACAAUUAAGAUUACAUACCCAUUUUCCCGACCUCUUAUAAACCUCUCCACUGCAAAGACUGAUGCAGUAGACUCCGUUGCACACUUUUCCACCUCGUUCAACAUGAUGACAAUUUUUGACCUGACGUUACAAAUAGAAAAUGUUCUUCUCCAGGCAUUCGAAUCUAUUCGAAUCUAAUAGAUACAAUGGCUUCCAUUGGAACGCCUUUUCACCCCCUUAUACAACAGGAGUGGAAUUUUCUAAGUCUCUCACGAAUAGAAAAAUGUACUUUUCCAUCGGAAUCUAUCCGUUUCCAAUGGAUUCGAUGGACUCGAUCGGAACGACUUUCCACCCCCUCAUGGCAUGAGUGGAAUCCAUCUAACAUGAGUGAAAUCAUUCUAAGUCUCUCACGAAUAGAAAAAUGAACUUUUCCAUCGGAAUCUGUUCGUUUCCAAUGGAUCCGAUGGACUCCAUCGGAACGACUUUCUACCCCCUUCAUCCAACAUGAGCGGAAUCUUAUUAAGUCUCUAACGAAUGGAAAAUGAACUUUUCCAUCGGAAUCUGUUCGUUUCCAAUGGAUCCGAUGGACUCCAUCGGAACGACUUUCUACCCCCUCAUCCAACAUGAGUGGAAUCUUAUUAAGUCUCUAACGAAUGGAAAAUGAAGUUUUCCAUCGGAAUCUAUUCGUGUCCAAUGGAUCCGAUGGACUCCAUCGGAACGACUUUCUACCCCCUUCAUCCAACAUGAGCGGAAUUUUUCUAAGUCUCUCACGAAUAGAAAAUGAACUUUUCCAUCGGAAUCUAUUCGUGUCCAAUGGAUCCGAUGGACUCCAUCGGAACGACUUUCCACCCCCUCAUCCAACAUGAGCGAAAUUUUUCUAAGUCUCUUACGAAUAGAAAAUGAACUUUUCCAUCGGAAUCUAUUCGUGUCCAAUGGAUCCGAUGGACUCCAUCGGAACGACUUUCCACCCCCUUCAUCCAACAUGAGCGGAAUUUUUCUAAGUCUCUCACGAAUAGAAAAUGAACUUUUCCAUCGGAAUCUAUUCGUGUCCAAUGGAUCCGAUGGACUCCAUCGGAAUGACUUUCCAUCCCCUUCAUCCAACAUGAGCGGAAUUUUUCUAAGUCUCUCACGAAUAGAAAAUGAACUUUUCCAUCGGAAUAUAUUCGUGUCCAAUGGAUCCGAUGGACUCCAUCGGAAUGACUUUCCAUCCCCUUCAUCCAACAUGAGCGGAAUUUUUCUAAGUCUCUCACGAAUAGAAAAUGAACUUUUCCAUCAGAAUCUAUUCGUGUCCAAUGGAUCCGAUGGACUCCAUCGGAACGACUUUCCACCCCCUUCAUCCAACAUGAGCGGAAUUUUUCUAAGUCUCUCACGAAUAGAAAAUGAACUUUUCCAUCGGAAUCUAUUCGUGUCCAAUGGAUCCGAUGGACUCCAUCGGAACGACUUUCCACCCCCUUCAUCCAACAUGAGCGGAAUUUUUCUAAGUCUCUCACGAAUACAAAAUGAACUUUUCCAUCGGAAUCUAUUCGUGUCCAAUGGAUCCGAUGGACUCCAUCGGAACGACUUUCCACCCCCUUCAUCCAACAUGAGCAGAAUUUUUCUAAGUCUCUCACGAAUAGAAAAUGAACUUUUCCAUCGGAAUCUAUUCGUGUCCAAUGCAUCCAAACACUUGGUAGGACUUUACACCACGAGACUUCCGGUUUUCCGAUGGAAAGCAAGAGGAUACGACUGGAUUCUGGUCGACAGUAUUGGACAACCCUCAUAAAGCAAAAGCCUAUCUUAAAUACCAGACUGAGAUGCAGCUUGGAAUUCAAUCCGAAGAACCCAUGCUGUUGAAGUGGGAAAAAUCAACAGUCAUAAGAAAGCAGUGGGCUUAUUCAGACAACUCAAUAAUAACACAAAACAAGAGAAAAGUGGUCCCUAAAAGAGACAUUCACAAUGUGUUGUCCCUCGCUCACAAUCGCACUGCUCAUCGUGGUCGACAAAUUACUUCUAAAUGGAUCAGUAACAACUAUUCCGCAGUCAAUGUGAAGGUGGUAGCCAUAUUUGUUGGCCUGUGCCCAAUUCAUGCGGAGCAGCAGUCAGUUACUAGCCGUGUUAAGCUUGUU